AUGGCAGCAGGAGAGCUCCAAAACGCGGUCAACCUCAAAGACCUCGUCCCUAAUGAACCACAAGAAAGAGCCGAGCCGAGCGGCGCGGCUGAACCCGCAAAUCCUCCCCGACGAGGCGAUAACUCCAAGCGCGAUAGGAGAGGCGAACCUGAAGAGCAACCCGAGCCGAGGCAAAGGAUCAAUAUGAUCAUGGGUGGAUCUCAAUCCUACCAAGAUACCGUGUCCUCCAUCAAAGCCUAUCAGCGCCGAGCCGAAGCGAAGGAGAAUUGGACAGAACCAACCGACAUCCCAAAUACAGUGAUCUCCAUCGCCGAGGAGGAAACGGCAGGAAUCGAUAGACCCCACAACGAUCCGUCGGUGAUUGAGUUAACAAUCAGGGAUCAUGACAUAGCGAGGGAGCUCAUCGAUACUGGAAGCUCGGUGAACGUCAUCUUCAGGGAGACAAUCAAAAGAAUGGGAAUCGACCUCUCCGAGGUGGAAGCAAUCCCCAAACCUCUAACCGGAUUUUCAGGAGAAACGACGAUGACUAUGGGAACGAUCAGGCUCCCUGUGGUAGCUGGCAGAGUCACUAAGAUCGUCGAAUUCUGCGUCACCGAUCAUCCAGCAAUCUACAAUGUGAUUAUAGGAACUCCAUGGAUCAACAGAAUGAGGGCGGUCCCCUCCACCUAUCAUCUCUGUCUCAAGUUCCCGAUUCCAGCGGGUGUCAAAACGAUCUGGGGGAAUCAGAAGGAGUCACGAAUGUGCUGCCUAGCAGAGCACAAGCUGAGUAACCCCGUCACCGACGCACAAGCAGACAUAGAUCGCAAAAAGAUGAAGACAGACCGAGAGCCUGCGAACGAGCUCUCGAAACUCUUAUAG